UGCUUAACCGUCCGUGUUCGCCUGCUAAAAUAUUUUCGCCAAUCAUCACGGUAGUCGUAUUACAUAUCCUAAGUGAAAGGAACACGAACGAAAAAACUCGACACGUGUGUCAACAUUUUACUGGUCCUGUCACUUUUAUUCCGUCGAUUUGCUAAAGUUUUGAUCCAAACAUCUUUCAGAAUGUCCUCUGUAAAGCGGCUAGCUCUGGCGAUCGUGCAAUUUCUAGCUGAGCAAAAACAAUACGGAAACUUGUCACCUGACGCUCAGGAAAGUUUAGAGGUUGCUGUGCAGUGUUUAGAAACUGCUUUUGAACUGACACCUGAAGACGCAACAUCUCUAAGUGUCUCCAAAUCUUUGCUCGAUAUUUUUCAUGAUGCUGUUGCUUCUGAAAUACCAACCUUUCCUGCUGAAGUACCCGAAGACAUCAAACUUCAAGCUGAAAAACUAAAAAAUGAAGGAAACAAUCUGAUGAAAUCUGAGCAAUUUACUGAAGCUCUGGUGUGCUAUUCAAAGGCCAUUGAGUUGGAUGGGAGAAAUGCAGUCUAUUUCUGCAACAGAGCUGCAGCACAUAGUAAGCUCAAUCAGCAUCAGUCUGCCAUUGAUGAUUGUAAAAAAGCAAUUACUAUUGAUCCUCUCUACAGCAAAGCUUAUGGCCGAAUGGGCUUGGCUCAUGCAAGUCUCAAUCAACAUGGUGAUGCUGUUAGGUGCUAUGAACGUGCUGUUCAACUGGAGCCAGAGAAUGAAAGCUACCAAAGUAAUCUUCAAAUCGCCGAAGAAAAGCUUAAACAGACUGGCGGAGCUGAACGUCUUCCCGGCAUGGGUCCUGGUAUGGGUAUCCCAGGGCUUGAUGUGGGAGCUAUGCUCAACAAUCCAGGUUUGAUGUCUAUGGCCCAGCAAAUGUUAAGCAAUCCAAAUAUGCAGCAACUGAUGAAUCAAAUGAUGACUGGGUCUGCACAAGGAGGUGGUGGGCUGGAAUCGCUGCUUCAAGUUGGACAGCAGUUGGCUCAUCAGAUGCAGGCAACCAAUCCCGAAUUGGUCGAGCAACUGAGGAGGCAGAUGGGCGGACCUGGAGGUGGACCCAAUCCGUUUGACCCGUCCUCUGAACCGGAGGCCAAGGAUCCUCAGUAAAAUUCAGUACCUCAGUUCUAACAACUGGAUGGCCCAGUUUAUUGCUAGGAUAUCCCCCCCCCCCUAACUCAACCCUUCUUCACUAUGUUUCAUCUCCAUUUUUCAUUGUUUUUUUUUAUAUCACUGCAACCUGUCGGUAGUAUCAUACAGUGAAGCACGUAAUAGUAAUAUGUAUUCAACGAUUCCUGCUUCAAAUGCAUACGAAUGUGUACGAAUUGAUGAGAAACGCAGGCGGUAAUGAGUAAAAAGAAAAAAUGGAGCAUCA